GAUGAAGAGAAAAGGAUGUAUUUCCGAAAAUUCCUUCUUGGUCGCGGUGAGUUGAGCCUCAAUGCCCUACCUGGGAGAGGGUCCCACAGGGAUGUUAGGCAGGAAUACAAUGAGGCCAUCCAAAAAGCCAGGAGAGUGGCGUUUCUUCUCCUUGCGGCGCCACACUCGGGGAUAGACGCGGAGAACAGACAGUGCGAAAUCCGCGACUUUCGUCAAAUCUAUCCGGGUGCCGAUAACCAAAACGAAAACGUGAUCAGAGAAGUGAUGGUGUACGAGGAAACCGAUCUUCUUCAUGAAGUCUCCUCAUUCAUCAGAGAGCACAGGAACGCGGGACGCAUCGUCAUCUUGUUUAUCGGCCACGGGUCAUCGGACGGUCAGAUUCCUCUGGCCGGUGGUCACUGCCCCCUGCAAGACUACGUUAACCGUGUCAGCACUGUGGCCAGCGAGCUUCGCCCUAGCGUCCCAAUCGACCUGAUUAACGCCCAGUGUUUCGCCCACUUGGUGCCCAGUGCCCAGUGCUCUCACGUGAAUGUCAUCCACCUGAGCAAUAUGUCCCAGCCUAUGACAAUCAGCUGGUAUGAACUCACUGAUGACCACACUUUACGCGGAUGGAACAUCCAACUUAGAGAAUUUGCACAGAGGGCCAGGCGUGAUCUGGACAGAAACAACAUGGCUAUUGCAGAACUAGGUGUGGGUCUAACGUCACAACGUUUUGGUCUGACGUCACCACAUGUAGCUGUGACAUCACAGAGUACUACGCCUGAAGGCCUCCCAAUUGGGGGGUUCCAACACGAGUUGUUCACUCGGCCUGAGGAAAUCAAAGAACACUUCAAAUGCCGAAGUUGCCAGCUGGUGCUGAGGGACGCAGUGCAGACGCCGUGUGGACACAGACACUGUGCAGGCUGUGUGGAGAGGAGCAGAUCUGGCGGCGGCCGUCUGUGUCCAGACUGUCCAGAGAUCGAUGAAAUGGAUGACCGCCAGAUAUACCCUGACAUGGCAGUUAGACGUGAAGUACAUCGUCUGCUGGUUGCCUGCCGCCAAACCGGAUGUGACUGGACCGGAGAUUUGAAGACCUACCAACAGAACCACGAGAGAUCAUGCCUUUCAAGGCGUGUCACAACUUCCGAAGACGACUCGUCAGAUGCCAUAUGCAAGCUCCAAACCGAAGCUGCCAUGUUGGCGCAGAUGGACGAAAUUCGACAGCGAGUCGAAGAUCUCCAGAAAGAAGUCGGCCACAAGCAACAAACUGGCGUAGAAGCAAUGACCAGGCGAGUUGGAGAGAUGGAGGUCGGACUGCAGGAAUGCCGUGUUCAAGUCCAACAGCUCGAAGAAAAGGUAGUUGAAAUCAACAGACGAGAGCCGUCGACGCCUGGAGAAUCGAGCACCGUACGUGUGGAACAAAUGAGGGACAAUCUGAAGACCUUGGAGCACAAACUUUCCACUUUGGAGGGGAUGGUGGCGGCAAUAGCCAGAGACAUUGAGAAGACGAGCGCGCUAUUGGAAUCGCAAGAAGCCACGCGCCGUGUUCAAGAAGAACGACUUAAGAGCAGUGAGGACAAAGUCAAGGCACUUGAGCGGGUCAUUGCCUUGAGGGACAUCUCAAUGGCAGAGCAAGACCUUCGGAUCCAAGCUCUUGAAUCAGCCAGCUACAACGGCGUUUUUCUAUGGAAGAUCACUGAGGUCUCGCGCAAACGCCAUGACGCCGUCAGCGGCCGCGUGAGCAGCCUCUAUUCUCCCGCAUUCUACACCAGCGCCCACGGCUACAAGAUGUGCUGUCGACUCUACCUGAACGGCGACGGGAUGGGGAAAGGAACGCACGUCAGCCUCUUCUUUGUGGUGAUGCGAGGGCACUACGACGCCCUCCUCCGCUGGCCAUUCAAGCAGAAAGUGACCUGUAUCUUGCUUGACCAGAACAACCUCAAUCACGUGAUCGAUGCGUUCAGACCGGACGCCAGCAGUUCCAGUUUUAAACGACCGACAUCAGAGAUGAACAUCGCCAGUGGGUUUCCUUCCUUCGUUCCACAGGCCCAGUUAGACAAGCCCGGGGCCGCUUAUAUCAAAGACGACUGCAUGUUUCUGAAAGUGAUUGUAGACUGCAGCGACCUCUAACUCUUGACGUUGUGUUGGGGUCAUUCCACAAAAGUGCGAUUUCAGUGUGACUCUAGUGGUCACUUCAGUAAUACCCCCUUUACACU